AUGGACCCUAGGGAUGCAACAGAUGAAACAUUAAGAGAGCAUCAUGUCCCGAGAAUGAAUGUUGAUUGGUUUGCUAGUUCGAAAGAAUGUGUGGAUCCACUAGAAGAUCAGCCUUUCACAAACUCAAAUAUUACUGAUGAGAAUGCAACUGUACCUGUAUUACAUACUGCGACUAAUACCACUGCUGAAAUAAGACAGUCAAAUGUUCCAAGACGUAAUUCUGUUGCAGGUAUGGUAAGAGAAUCAUCACCAUCACCAUCAUCUAACCCUCCUACCAAAACUACUAAUAUAGUUGAAGAAAAUCAAAGUUUUAGACCUCAUACUGAACAAACUACAAGAGAACAACCUCAAUUAAGAAGAACAAAAUCUAUAUCUGGUCAAACUGUUUAUUCUAAAGCUAAAGCUAAACAAGAUCAAGAACAAGAACAAGAAAAUGGAUCUCCGAAAAAAAUGGGUUUUUUCAAAUCAUUCUUUAGUCGUAAAAAAACAGAACCAAAACCUGUCAUCACACCUACUCCAUCUAACAAUACAUCAACAACAACGACAACGAGACCUACGUUCGAAAGAGAAUCCACAACUUCUCCAUUAAGGUCACGUCGUGGAUCUUUAGCUCCAGAAGAAAUAAACAAUCUAUCUAGAACGGUCUCUCCGGCUAGAAGUAACCAUUCUUUAACAAGAGCUAAGACAGAAUCUGAUCUUAUAGAUAUGAAUAACGAAGACAACAAUGCAUCACAUCAUCAUCAUCAUCACCAUACUCAUCUACAUUCGCAUUCAAAUUCUCGUAGAGGUAGUUUAUCACAUGAACCUGAUAAUGAAAUGGAUGAUGAAGCAUUAGCAUCUGCAUGUGAUUCUAUCGACAACAGUUCUUUAGAGUUAGAUGAAGACAAUAGGCGACUCCUUGAAUUCUUAAAAUAUUAUAAAUCUAAAGGUUAUGCAGUGAGUGCAUUUCAAAAUUCAAAUUCUCGUCAAUUACGUCAUGCAAGAACAAAAGCGACUUUCACAAUGUGUGCUGAUACUACUCAAAAAAAUAAAGUUCAUGAUGCUAGAGGUAGACCUAUACCUGCACAUCCUGCAAAAUCUUCAUGGCCAUCUGUAUUUUACAAUAAAUCAUCAAUAUCUGGGGAAUGCCCAGUAGGAAAUAAAGAUUCUCAAUCACAAGCUAUAUCUUCACCGAAUAACAAUAGUACCACUUCAAAUAAAUUCGGUGCAUUUUUGAAAAGAGUCACCUCACAUGGAGUUACUGUAAAUAGUGUAUCGGAUGGUAGUUUAGAUAAGUCUGUCUCUAGUAUUUCAACAACAACAUUAAAUGAUUCUCAUAAAUUUGAUCCUGAACAUAUUAACAUCUUGCCAGGUUUAGAAGAUUUGAAACCAUUAAAACAUGUCUCUUUUGCAACGAAUACUUAUUUUAAUGAUCCACCUCAACAAAUAUGUAGUAAAAAUCCGAGAAAGGGUGAAGUAGAGGUUAAACCAAAUGGUUCAGUUGUUAUCCAUAGAUUAACUCCCCAAGAAAGGCGUAAGAUCCUUCAAGAAUCAACAGCUGGUAUUGUCGUGGGCGGUACUGGACAAUUGAAACUUUUAGUACCAGAAAAUGAAAACAAUAACAAUAAUGAUAAUGAUAACGAGUAUUCUACGAAACAAACUCAAUCUAAUUUAGACCUCAAGAAACAAGAAGAAAAAAUACCAGAAAAUAUAUUAUCUGGUGGGUCUACAACGACAACCCCACCAAAUUCUAAUAAGGACAAUGCAAACGAAGGUGAUGAAGAUGAUGACGGAGAAGAAGAUACGGCGAAGGAUGUCGAGUGCUCACAUAUUAGAAAUAUGGAAUUGGCUGCCGCCGAGGCUGCCGCUGAGGCGAGAGCUAAAGAAACACCAAACGAUUUAAGAAGAACUGUGACUAAUCAUGAAGAAGAAGUUAGCGUCAGUAAGAGUGCUUCACAUCUUACAAUUGAUAAACCCAUGGUAAGUAGGAGAUCCUUAACAAACCUAACUUCUUCGAAUUCCAAUACAUCAUUACAAUCAGCUGGAUCUGAAGAGACAGAUGAAGCCGAAUUCCCUCCAAGAAAUCUAAAGAUUCCCCAUGACGUUGUUUAUACUAGAUGUUGUCACUUAAGAGAAAUUCUACCUAUUCCAGCAACAAUGAAACAAUUAACACCUGGUUCAACAGAUCCUAUUCCAUUGUUACAACUACGUAACCCACGACCUUCUAUGGUAGAAGUUUGGUCAUUUAGCGAUUUCAUUAGUAUUGCUCCUAUCUUAUGUUUAUCGCUGGAUGGUGUUCAUCUAACUGUUGAGAUGUUAAGAAUUAUAUUGGGAUCAUUGUCCAGUAAGAAAAAUUUUGAAAAAUUAUCCUUACGUAAUACACCUUUAGAUGAAGACGGUUGGAAAGUUUUAUGUUACUUCAUAUCUCAUAGUGAAUCAUUGAUUUCAUUAGAUUUAACAAUGGUAUCACAUAUUAAAGUUAAUGUCCAAAAACCUUCUAAAUCAUCCUUGAAGAGUACAUUACAUAGAAUGGAUUAUAACAAAGACAGUAGAACCGAAAUGAACUGGAAUCUAUUGGCAGGUGCAUUAGCCAUCAAAGGUGGAAUAGAAGAAUUGAUUUUAUCUGGUGCAAAAAUGUCAUUGAAACAAUUCAAAAACUUUAUUGAAGUCGGUGCAAUGAAAUCAUCCAGAUUGGGUUUAGCUUAUAAUCAAUUAUCUAUGGAACAGUGCCAAAUCUUGGCAAAAUGGAUUGUUCAUUCUAGGGUGACAGGGUUGGAUAUUGGGUUUAAUGAUUUAAGAGGGAAAUUACAACCAUUUUCCGAUGCAAUGUUUGAUAAAAUACAUGCUAUGAAACAUAAAAAUCUGGUGAAAUUCAUUUCCUUGAACAAUACUAAUUUACAAGUCGAAGAAGGCGCUACUAGUGAAACGAAUGAAUUCUUGAAAUUAUUGAGUAUUCUGUGUUUCUCUAAAAGUAUGAAGUUCCUUGACUUAUCUAAUAAUCCAAAAAUAUUUCCUGCAUGUAUGCAUACUCUACUGGAUUGUUUACCAUCCUUUGUGGGUCUUGCGCGCUUGCAUUUGAAUUUUAACGGCCUUACUUCAACAGAGAUUGUUACUAUAGCUGAAACGCUACCACUGUGCACAUCACUUCAUCAUUUAUCCAUAAUAGGCACACCUUUGGACCUAGCUAGUUCCAAAGCCCUUGCCGAAGCUGUUAAAAAGAGUACGUCUUUGAUUACAUUAGAUUUAGACUAUGCUUACAUGCCAGAGAAGAUCAAGGACGAGAUUUCUUUGUACAGUAUGAGAAACAUUCAAAGUGAAUUGACUACUCCAAAUAACAAGAAAGAUAAGAAUGGGGAUGUUGAUAAGUCGUCUCAAGAAAAUUCUCAAUUACAAAGUAUCAGGGACGAAUUUACAACUCUAUUGACAGAAACAUUUGAUGAAUCGAAUAAGGCUCAAUAUAAUGCUACAGUAGAGAAAUUUAUUGUUAAGGUUUCAAAAGCUAGAAAGAAAAUUAGAAAAGUUGUUCAAGAUCUGUUUGAUCUAAGAGUCCAAGGUCAAUUAAACAUUGAAGGUAAGGAGGCUCUAAUAAGGUUGUGUAUCAUAGAUGCCAGUUUAGAAAAAAGUAUAAGAUUAUUGAGACAAAGACAUAUCAAAACCAUUCAAGGUGAUCUUGCUCCUUCCUCUAAAAAUAGCACUGCAGAGGACCUAACUCAAAUAAAUUCAUCAGAAUCCCAAUUAGGUACUAAUGAUAAUCGGUCAGAUGCUAUUAUUAUGUCGUCUGCAUUUACGAAAUCUGGCCAUACUGUUUUGUUACCAUUCGGUAGCAUCAAACCAGAAAAUUCUACUCAUAAUGCCGAUGAAAUGGUGGAAUUUAGAGACGAUGAUGCUCCCGUUAAGAGAUUAGUCGAACCUGAAAUUAUAAGAAGAGAAAAUGCAGAAACAGGCAGCGACUCAGCGGAAGAAAUAGAGGGAAAUAAUCAAUCAAUAGACACUGAAUCUAUAAACAGUGAUAAGUGCAAAUUCAGUGAGUUAUAUAGAGACGAGAUAUGCAAAGCUGCCGAGACUUCUAAUAGUGAUCAAAUCAAAGAUAUGCUACUGAAAAAUAAUGUAUCCGAUGUGUUGAAUGUUAUUGACGAAUUACAUAAUCAAGGGUUCCAUUUCCAUCACAUUUUCAAGAAGCAGGAUGGUAAAAAGUCCAAUGAUUCCCAAAAUAAUUCUAGUGAAGGAAGUAACGAUAUAUUAUCUGGUCCUUCAAAACUUGAUUCUAAUAAUAAUGAAGAACAUAGAGAGAGGAUAGGAGAUACACUACCUAAGAAUCCUAAAGAAAUCGAUGAAUACACGAACAACCAAGAAGAAGAAGCAAUGAACCAAGCAUAUGACCAAGUUCUGGAUAAUCUAGUAAAAAUCAGAGUUUCAAAUAAGAACCUUGCAGAUUCUCCAGAUAAUCAUAAAUGA